AAAUCUUUCCUUGGACUUUUCAAAUUCCAUUCUGAUACGGAAAAGUCCAUCUUUUAAGCUGAAACGAACCAUCUUGGAAGCUCAGAAAGAGCUCACACAUUCCACUUUCACACCACCUCCCUCCUACGUCUCUCUUUAUCUAUCUGUCCUUCUCUUCCAACCUUAUAUAUAUAUAUAUAUAUACACACGCUUGGGUCCUCACUAACAACUAUAGCUAUUAAACAAGUUCGCGAAUCUUGAACUUUUUUCAAAUGGGUUGGGCGGAAACAGAGAUGAGAUGCAAGAAACACCCGAUGCAUAGACAAACACCAGGUGUUUGUUCUUGUUGUCUAAGAGAGAAGCUUACAAAGCUCUCUAAUGCAAGUGGAAGAGGAGGAAUGGAGGAGGCAGGUUCGUCUUGUUCUUCGUCGUUGUCUUCUUCGCCUUAUUCUUCUGGUGAAACUUCUUCAGAUUCUUCUCCAGUUCAUGAUCGUUUCGGUUAUUUAGAGGGGAGAGGUUCUGGGUUGUUUUUGAAGAGCCGAUCGGUGGUGGCGAUUCCGCCUAGAAUGAGGAGUAGAAGUAGAGGUGCAGUGGAGAUUACGGAUGGGAAGAAGAAAUUAGGGUUUUGGUCCAAGCUGAUACGUUCUACUGGGAAGAAGACGAAGAAGAUGAUGUUGCAUUCUAGUACUCUGAAAGAGAUGUCAUCUCAUAACAGGGUUUAUUGAUGGAUUGAUUCAAAUGUAUAAUACAGAUUGAUUGUUUGUUUGAUACUUUGUUUCUAUAUGAAAGCUUGUUUGUUACCUUUGUUUC